AUGUUAAUGAUUUUUACAGAUUCAAAACCUGAUGCUUCUAGAAAAAUUAUGGGAAAUCAAGUUACAGCAGCUUCAGAAGCACAACAAUCGUACCAGUUGUCAUCGUCGGAAUUGUUAGAUUUAAUGAAAACAUAUGUACAAUCAAAUUUCUGCUAUCAUUCGAGUGCAUUAACAAAUACACGUACAACCAAUGUAGUACGAGGACGUGUUGCCUAUCGAAUUGAUCCGUGGAUAUUAAUUGAAUGUCGUCAUGUGAAAAAAGUACAGCAACCAUAUCAUGGUGAAUUAACACCUCGUGAAACACUUCGCAACAGUGUUCUUGUGGCAUUUUGUUUGUGUAUGAUAUUUCAAAUAUGGAUUCUCCUUGGAGCUAAUCUUACAAUACAACAACACAUGCAUAGAAGUGGACGAUUACCAACAUCUGUCAAUGGGUGUUUGCCAAUAGUUAAUAUUACUCAAUCUGUUUCUAUACGUCAAAGUUCAAAUAAUCUCCUAUUGCCACUCUAUUCGGUAUCUGUUAUGUAG